AUGAAUGCAGAAAGAGACUCAGAAACGACAUUUGAGGAGGAUUCUCAUCCCAAUGAUGAAGUGGUUCCAUACAGUGACGAUGAAACGGAAGAUGAACUUGAGGACCAGGGGCCUGAGGUUGAACCGGCACAGAAUCGAGUCAACAGGGAAGUGGAGGAAAGACGGGAGACGUUAAGAAAAGAUUGUUCAUGGCAAGUCAAAGCAAAUGACCGAAGCUUCCACGAACAGCCCCAAUUUAUGAACACCAAGUUCUUUUGUAUCAAGGAGAGCAAAUAUGCGGGCAAUGCAAUCAAAACAUACAAGUAUAAUGCCCUUACCUUUCUACCAAUGAAUUUGUUUGAGCAGUUUAAGAGAGCAGCCAAUUUCUAUUUCCUGGUCCUUCUUAUCUUACAGGCCAUCCCUCAGAUCACAACCCUGGCGUGGUACACCACGCUGGUGCCCUUGCUUUUGGUGCUGGGCAUCACGGCAAUCAAAGACCUGGUGGAUGAUGUGGCUCGCCAUAAAAUGGAUAACGAAGUCAACAACAGGACAUGUGAAGUCAUUAAGGAUGGCAGAUUCAAAGUUACCAAGUGGAAGGAGAUUCAAGUUGGAGAUGUCAUUCGUCUAAAGAAAAAUGAUUUUAUUCCAGCUGACAUCUUACUGCUGUCCAGCUCUGAACCCAACAGCCUCUGCUAUGUGGAAACGGCUGAACUGGAUGGAGAAACCAAUUUGAAGUUCAAAAUGGCACUUGAAAGCACACACCAAUAUCUCCAAAAGGAAAGUUCAUUGGCAACAUUUGAUGGUUUUAUUGAAUGCGAAGAACCCAAUAACCGACUAGAUAAGUUUACGGGAACGCUCUUUUGGAGAAACACAAGUUUUUCUUUGGAUGCUGAUAAAAUUUUGUUACGUGGCUGUGUAAUUAGGAACACCGAAUUCUGUCAUGGAUUGGUCAUUUUUGCAGGUGCCGACACUAAAAUAAUGAAGAAUAGUGGGAAAACCAGAUUUAAGAGAACUAAAAUUGAUUACUUGAUGAACUACAUGGUUUAUACGAUCUUUGUUCUUCUAAGCCUGAUUUCUGCUGGUCUUGCCAUUGGCCAUGCUUACUGGGAAGCUCAAGUUGGCAAUUUUUCUUGGUACCUUUAUGAUGGAGAAGACUCUAGCCCCUCCUACCGUGGGUUCCUCAAUUUCUGGGGAUACAUCAUUGUUCUAAACACCAUGGUGCCCAUCUCUCUCUAUGUCAGUGUGGAAGUGAUUCGUCUUGGACAGAGCUACUUCAUCAACUGGGACCUGCAGAUGUACUACUUUGAGAAGGACACGCCUGCAAAGGCAAGAACCACGACGCUGAAUGAGCAGCUUGGGCAGAUCCAUUACAUUUUCUCUGAUAAAACAGGGACUCUCACACAAAAUAUCAUGACCUUUAAAAAGUGCUGCAUCAAUGGGCAAAUAUAUGGAGACCAUCGGGAUGCUUCUCAACACAGUCAUAGCAAAAUAGAGCAAGUUGACUUUAGCUGGAACACAUAUGCAGAUGGGAAGCUCGCCUUUUAUGACCAUUAUCUCAUCGAGCAAAUCCAGUCAGGGAAGGAGCCAGAAGUGCGACAGUUCUUCUUCCUGCUUGCAAUCUGCCACACCGUCAUGGUGGAUAGAAUUGAUGGUCAGCUCAACUACCAGGCAGCCUCUCCUGAUGAGGGCGCUCUGGUAAGCGCUGCCAGAGACUUCGGCUUUGCCUUCCUUGCCCGGACCCAGAACACCAUCACCAUCAGUGAGAUGGGCACCGAGAGGACCUACUCGGUUCUUGCCAUUUUAGACUUCAACAGUGACCGGAAGCGGAUGUCUAUUAUUGUAAGGACCCCUGAAGGCAAUAUCAGGCUUUACUGUAAAGGUGCUGAUACUGUGAUUUACGAGCGGCUACAUCCGAUGAAUCCUACCAAACAAGAGACACAGGACGCCCUUGAUGUGUUUGCAAAUGAGACUCUUAGAACCCUGUGCCUUUGUUACAAAGAAAUUGAAGAAAAGGAUUAUGAAGAAUGGAAUCAAAAGUUUAUGGCUGCCAGUGUGGCCUCAACCAACCGGGAUGAAGCUCUGGAUAAAGUGUAUGAGGAGAUUGAAAAAGACUUAAUUUUAUUGGGAGCUACGGCUAUUGAAGACAAGCUUCAGGAUGGAGUCCCAGAAACCAUUUCAAAACUUGCAAAAGCGGAUAUUAAGAUCUGGGUGCUUACUGGAGACAAAAAGGAGACUGCUGAAAAUAUAGGAUUUGCCUGUGAACUUCUUACUGAAGAAACUACUAUCUGCUAUGGGGAAGAUAUAAAUGCUCUUCUUAACACAAGAAUAGAAAACCAGAGGAAUAAAGGUGGAGUGUAUGCAAAAUUUGUACCGCAGGUGCAGGAACCUUUUUUUCCACCGGGCGGAAACCGUGCCUUAAUAAUCACUGGCUCUUGGUUGAAUGAAAUUCUUCUAGAGAAAAAGACCAAGACAAGUAAGAUUCUGAAGCUGAAGUUCCCACGGACAGAAGAAGAAAGACGAAUGCGGUCGCAAAGCAAACGGAGGCUGGAAGCCAAAAAGGAGCAGCGGCAGAAGAACUUUGUUGACCUGGCCUGCGAGUGCAGUGCGGUCAUCUGCUGCCGGGUCACCCCCAAGCAGAAGGCCAUGGUGGUGGACCUGGUGAAGAGGUACAAGAAAGCUAUCACGCUGGCAAUUGGAGACGGAGCCAAUGAUGUAAACAUGAUCAAAACUGCCCACAUUGGUGUUGGAAUAAGUGGACAAGAAGGCAUGCAAGCUGUCAUGUCCAGUGACUAUUCCUUUGCUCAGUUCAGAUACCUUCAGAGACUGCUGUUGGUGCAUGGCCGGUGGUCUUACAUCAGGAUGUGCAAGUUCCUACGAUACUUUUUUUAUAAAAACUUUGCAUUCACUUUGGUUCAUUUCUGGUACUCCUUCUUCAAUGGGUACUCUGCACAGACUGCGUAUGAAGACUGGUUCAUCACCCUCUACAACGUGCUGUAUUCCAGCCUGCCCGUGCUCCUCAUGGGGCUGCUCGACCAGGAUGUGAGUGACAAACUGAGUCUCCGAUUCCCUGGAUUAUAUGUAGUGGGACAAAGAGAUUUAUUAUUCAACUAUAAGAGAUUCUUUGUAAGCUUACUGCAUGGGGUUUUAACAUCGAUGAUCCUCUUCUUCAUACCUCUGGGAGCUUAUCUACAAACAGUGGGACAGGAUGGAGAGGCGCCUUCGGAUUACCAAUCUUUUGCUGUCACAAUCGCCUCUGCUCUCGUGAUAACAGUCAAUUUCCAGAUUGGCUUGGAUACUUCUUACUGGACUUUUGUGAAUGCUUUUUCAAUUUUUGGAAGCAUUGCACUUUACUUUGGCAUCAUGUUUGACUUACAUAGUGCUGGAAUACAUGUUCUCUUUCCAGCUGCAUUUAAAUUUACAGGCACCGCUUCAAAUGCUCUGAGACAGCCAUACAUCUGGUUGACCAUCAUUUUGACUGUUGCAGUGAGCUUACUGCCCGUCGUUGCCAUCCGCUUCCUGUCCAUGACCAUUUGGCCAUCAGAAAGUGAUAAGAUUCAGAAGCAUCGCAAACGAUUGAAAGCAGAAGAGCAGUGGAAGCGGCGGCCGUUCCGCCGCGGCAUGUCCUCCCGGCGCUCGGCCUACGCCUUCUCGCACCAGCGCGGCUACGCGGACCUCAUCUCCACGGGGCGCAGCAUCCGCAAGAAGCGCUCGCCCCUGGACGCAAUCAUCGCGGACGGGACCGCGGAAUACAGGCGGACUGUGGAGAGCUGA